AUAACAAAAUUUUCUUCUCGGAAGUUUUUAGUCUCACACGCUAGUUCUCCUGUUUAUUUGUUUUGCUAAAGACUUUCGUUUUCCUUCUUCUUGAAGCCAAUGGGUGGGGGAUUUGUUGCAUUGAUGUUCCUCCUUGUUUCACUAAUAAUCGUCUUAGUUGAUUUUGGUUUUUUCUCAGAAGGGUUUGUUUGGGUUGAGGCACGUACAGCCUUAAAGCCGAGCAGUUCCACAAACUUUACCAUAGAAAAUAAAUGCGAUUAUCCUGUCUGGCCGGUAAUCAAUGGCACCGCCUCUGAAUUUUCGAUCUCAACCACCUGCUUCGUCCUCAAGAAAGGAGAGGCCCGUCUCAUCAGUGUUUGCCCGGCCAAUACUCCCAACAAUACAAGAAUCAACAACGAAAGCGCAGUGGCUCCAACAACUAGUGGACUUCCCCCAGAGUCUCAACCCUUUAAAUUUCCAGCAAAAAAAAAAUCAUCAUGGAAGUCAAAGCUUAUACUUGGAAUCUCAGCAGCUUUAAUUGUGCUGAUCAUUAUUGUGGUUGUGGUAAUGUUGAGAGCAAAGAAAGUGAGAAAGAGUGAUUGGAAUGAUAAACAUGUUGAGGCGGUUGUACAGUUGAAGCGAUAUAGUUACGCAAAAAUCAAGAAGAUGACAAACUCAUUUGCGCAUCUUCUUGGGAAAGGAGGAUACGGAACUGUCUAUAAAGGAAAGUUACUGGAUGAUGGCCGAGAUGUUGCAGUAAAGAUUUUGAAGGAGUCAGAGGGAAAUGGAGAAGAGUUUCUCAACGAAGUGGCUAGCUUAAGUAGAACAUCUCAUGUUAAUAUUGUUUCUCUUCUUGGAUUCUGUUAUGAAAGGAACAAGAGAGCUAUAAUCUAUGAGUUCAUGCCAAAUGGAUCCCUAGAUAAGUUUAUUUCCGAGAAUAUGUCAGUGAACUUGGAAUGGGAAAGGUUGUACGACAUUGCGAUGGGUGUCUCUCGUGGCCUAGAGUAUUUGCAUAAUGGUUGUGUAUCGAGGAUUGUGCAUUUCGAUAUAAAGCCUCAUAAUAUACUCCUGGACAAAGAUCUUUGCCCAAAGAUUUCGGAUUUUGGUCUUGCUAAGCUCUGUAAAAAUAAGGAGAGCAUCAUGUCGAUGCUAGAUGCAAGAGGAACAGCAGGAUACAUUGCCCCUGAAGUCUUUUCAAAGAAUUUUGGGGGAGUUUCGCAUAAGUCAGAUGUGUAUAGUUAUGGGAUGGUGGUUCUUGAGAUGAUUGGAGCAAGAAAUAUAGAAAAAGUUGUACAUUCUGGAUCCAACAGUAGUUCAAUGUACUUUCCAGAUUGGAUUUAUAAGGAUUUUGAAAGGGAAGAUUUGAUGACGAUUUUUGGUGAUCGUAUAACAGAAGAAGAAGAGAAAAUUGCAAGGAAAAUGGUAUUGGUUGGUCUGUGGUGUAUUCAGACCAAUCCAUCUCAUCGUCCAGCAAUGAUCAAAGUCAUUGAAAUGUUAGAGGGGAAUCUAGAGGCUCUCCAGGUUCCACCUAAACCUCUCUUGUGUUUACCUGCAACAACGGUUCCACAAAUUGUUGAAGAUAGUAAUGAGACUUCAAGCUUCUCCUGGCCAAGUCAGUUUGAAAGAGGCACUGUCACUGGUGAAGAUACUUUACGCAUUUCUGAAGAAGACAUAGUUCAAUGUUCCAGCUCCUAAACUAAAGUCAACAUAUAGACUGAAUCUGUUACAACUUUCGAGAUCUUGAGAUAUUUUUGUUGGUUAUUUUUGAAAAAAAUUCUGAUUUGAUUGUGCUAAUUACAUGCUUAUGAGAUUAUGCUUUUAUGCAGACACGCAAACAUCGUUGGUUAAUGUGGAUAAAAAACGGAAGCUACUUUCUGUUGUUUUUUU